AUAGAGGCAGGGAGUGUGUGAGAGAAAGAGAAGGAGAUGUGUGUGUUUAACUGCUCGUCUUCAGGCCCUGAGAUGUUCUGAUGGGUGAGGAGCUAACAGCUCAGAGGGUUUAUUAAGUGGGCCAGUUGCCAUAGCGACGCUUUGGCAGGAUAUUGCCAGGAUAAGCUGUAAUGGGUCUCCUGACGCAGUUCACUCUGCUGCUGUGGAAGAACUUCACUCUGCGGAAGAGACAAAAGGUGCGUCUGGUGGUGGAAGUGAUCUGGCCUCUUUUCCUCUUCUUCAUCCUGGUUGGGGUGCGCUCCACCAACAAGCCUGUGUUUAAAGGACAAUGUCACUACCCAAACAAAGCCAUGCCCUCGGCCGGCGUGCUGCCCUGGCUGCAGGGGAUGAUGUGCAACAUCAACAACCCCUGUCUGAACUCCCCCACCCCGGGGGAGACACCGGGACAAGUCAACAACUUCAACAACUCCAUAGUUGCUGGGAUGUUAGUGGAGCUGCAGACGCUGGUGGUGAACAGAUCUAUUCUCAGCAAGGCUCUGCUGCUGGCAGACGACCUGGAGCAGUGGGACUCCGUCCUGUCCCAGACCAACGCUGCCAAGGCUCGGCCAGUGAUCCUGAAGAGUCUUCUCAGAGACAAUGAAACCUUCUCCGCUCAUCUGGAAGAGGACUUGUCGGUGCCUCCAUCAGUCGUCCAAAGCCUCCUGAACGCUCAGAUUAAACUCAACCCAAUGAUGAGCACCCCGCGGCCCGGCGACCUGCAGAGCGUCCUGUGUGAGGGGACAGAUCUAGACGAGUACAUCCAGUUUAGCACCGCGUCAGAGAAGGAGACUUUCCAAAAUGUCAGCUGCUUCCUCGAUCCUCAGCAGCUGCUCAACGCUCAGAGAGUUCUGCUGACAAACCUGGACGGGAGGAAAGUUUUCUCAGAGGUGCCUGCAGCUCUGGAUCUGAAUGCAGCAGACACCGCCUCCCUGUUGGGGAAAACCACUCGAGAUGCAUUACCAGUGUUUGAGGAGGUGGCUAGGCUGCAGAGCUCCAUGAUCUUCCAGGCUGCCAGUGCAUUGGAUUUCCGAGCAGACAUGAUGGGCAGCAUCAAUAUGCUCCUGUGUGGAAAGCAGCCUGACGUCAAUAUGAGCCGCAGCUCACCUCCACUGACGGACAGCAAGGAGCCAGUCUCCAUUGCUGCGGGAAACAGCUCUGACGCUUUCUGUCAGACGCUGGUCGAGACCCUGGAAGAAACACCUGGCCUGCGCUUCAUCUGGAGCACCUUCAGACCGCUGCUGCAGGGGAAGGUCCUCUACACCCCCGACACCCCCGCUGCACACCUCCUGGUGAAAGAGGCAAACAGCACAUUCAACGCCUUGGCCCAGCUGAGAGAGCUCGCUGAGUCCUGGGAGGAAGUCGGGCCCCGGCUCUACAACUUCCUGCAGAACAGCUCUCAAGUCAACACACUACGGGCGUUGCUGGGGAAUCCGGUGUUUGCCGCUGUGUUGGAUCAGCGCCUCAACAGCACGGGGUGGACGUCCAAGCAGCUCACCAACUUCCUGUACAACGGGCCCCCGGAGGACCGCCCCCCCGGCAUGCCCCCCAACGACUGGAGAAACGUUUACAACGCCACCACCGACAUCCUGAAGCUGCUCUCCAACUUCCUGGGCUGUUUGGACCUCAAUAAGUUUGAGGCGGUCCCCACUGAGAGCCGUCUGUUGAGCAGAGCGCAGGAGCUCCUGGAGAACGAGACGUACUGGGCCGCGUUGGUGUUUGAGAACCUGCAGCCCAACGCCAGCCUCCCCCCGCCCUACGUCAAGUACAAAAUCCGUAUGGACAUCGACGAGACCGAGGGCACCACCGAAAUAAAGGAAAGGUCAUGGUCUCCGGGUGCCCGGGACAACCCCCUUAACGACCUGCGCUACAUCUGGGGAGGCUUCUCCUACCUGCAGGACAUGAUGGACCACGGCAUCAUCCGGGCGCACACCCACAGCACGCAGCCGCUUGGGGUGUUCGCGCAGCAGAUGCCCUACCCGUGCUACGUGGAUGACGUCUUCAUCCAGAGCAUCGGAGGCAUCCUUCCCAUGUUCCUAGUGCUGGCCUUCAUGUACACCGUGUGCAUGACCAUCAAAGGCCUUGUGCUGGAGAAGGAGCUCCGCCUGAAGGAGGUGCUGCGCGCCGUGGGCAUUCAGAACGGCGCCCUGUGGGCCGCCACGUUCUGCGAGAACAUGGUUCUGCUCAUGGUGCCAUGUGCUCUCAUAAGCAUCAUGGUGAAGUACGGUAAGGUUCUGCAGUAUAGCGACCCCUCGGUGAUCUUCGUCUUCCUGCUGGUGUUCUGCCUGGCCACCGUCACGCAGUGCUUCUUCAUCAGCGUCUUCUUCUCCAAGGCUAACCUCGCGGCGGCGUGCGGCGGCCUCAUCUACUUCGUCCUCUACCUGCCGCACGUCCUCUGCUACGCCUGGAGGGACGUCAUGGGCUUCGAGGUCAAGGUGGCGGUGAGUCUGCUGUCCUGCGUGGCGUUCGGGUACGGCUGCGAGAACUUUGCGAAGUACGAGGAGCAAGGCAUCGGGAUCCAGUGGUCCAACAUCCUCCAGAGCCCGGAGGAGGGCGAGAGCUACACCUUCAUCGUCUCCAUCAUCAUGAUGCUGUUUGACGCCACCUUUUACUGGCUGCUCACCUGGUACAUCGAGAACGUCUUCCCAGGUCAGUAUGGGAUCCCGAAGCCGUGGUACUUCCCCGUCACCGCGUCGUACUGGUGUGGGACCGCCUCUGCACAUGAAGAUAAUGAAGACAUGUUUUAUAAGUGUAUGCAUGUUUUGUUUGCUUGUGUGUCUGCAGAGUAUCUGGAGAAAGCACCGUCCGAUAUGAAAGCAGGCGUCUCAAUCCGUAACCUGGUUAAAAUCUACAAGACGGGGAAGAAGCUGGCGGUGGACGGCCUCAGCAUGGACUUCUACGAGGAUCAGAUCACGUCUUUCCUCGGACACAACGGAGCCGGGAAAACCACCACCAUGUCCAUCCUGACCGGCCUGUUCCCUCCUACAUCGGGAACAGCUCUGAUCAACGGAUACGACAUCCUGUCUGACAUGGACUCCAUCAGGAAGUAUCUGGGAAUGUGCCCGCAGCACAACGUCUUGUUCAAUGAGCUGACAGUGGAGGAGCAUAUCUACUUCUACGCCCGUCUGAAGGGACUCAGCCGCCAGGAGGUGCAGACGGAGAUGGAGCAGAUGAUUGAGGAUGUUGGUUUACUGCACAAGAGGAAGGAUCUGGCUAAGAACCUGUCAGGCGGGAUGCAGAGGAAGCUGUCUGUUGCUAUAGCGUUUGUCGGCGGCUCAAAAAUCGUCAUCCUGGAUGAACCCACAGCGGGUGUGGACCCCUACGCCCGCAGGGGGAUCUGGGACCUGCUGCUCAAAUACAAACAAGGCCGCACCAUCAUCCUGUCCACACACCACAUGGACGAGGCGGACAUCUUGGGGGAUCGCAUCGCCAUCAUCUCCAACGGGAAGAUGCGCUGCUGCGGCUCCUCGCUCUUCCUGAAGAAGUGCUUCGGCAGCGGCUACUACCUGACGCUGGUGCGAGAGGGGAGCGUCAAGAUGGCGGCACAGAGAAACGGGAUCAUUCAGAGUCAGGUCAAGGAUGUACCGACAGAGAAAGACUUCACCUCUCGCAGCAGCAGUCCAGAUGACGGCAUCGGCAGUCAGACCUGGGCCAACUCGGACCCCUCAGACGUGUCAGAUGUUGGUCAGAUUGUGCGGCGCUACGUCCCCGGGGCCGUCUUCCUGGAGAGCAUCGGCCAGGAGAUCACCUUCGUGCUGCCGUACGCCGGAGCCAGAGACGGGACCUUCGCUCUGCUGUUCUCAGAACUGGACCGGGCCUCCGCUGAGCUCGGACUCACCAGCUACGGCAUCUCCGACACCACACUGGAGGAGAUAUUUCUCAAAGUGGCAGAAGAAACCGGAGUGGAUUCAGAAACAACAAAGGAGCUGCUGGAGCGAGACUGCAGGAGAAACUCAUUCAAGAGGAGUAGCAUCUCCAGCGCCUCUGCAAAGAGAGAGUUAAAGGAGCAGUUCACAAGUAAAGUGGAAGACCUCCAGAGGAGCGCCAGCCUCAGUGGGCGGGGGUCCUCGGUCAUUGUCGGGGGGCAGCUGAUUAGAAGACAGUUCCUGGCGCUCUUCAUCAAACGCUUCCACCACGCCCGCCGCAGCCGCAAGGGCCUCAUCGCACAGGUGGUGUUACCUGCAGCCUUUGUGUGUCUGUCUCUGAUCUUCUCGCUCAUCAUGCCCCCCUUCACGGAGUACCCCAGUCUGGAGCUGCAGCCCUGGAUGUACGGGCUGCCUCAAACCACUUUUUACAGCAAUGAUGGUCCGGGUAAUGCAGAGGUGUCUAAGGUGGUGGAGACGCUGGUGAACAAUCCUGGCUUUGGCACUCGCUGCAUGACUGGAGACCCAAUACCGAAGCUCCCGUGUUCCUCGGCUGGCUCUGAUUGGUUCACUCCCCCGGUGGAUCCGUCCAUCACCGACAUCUUCCUGCAGGGGAACUGGAGCAUGGCCAACCCCUCCCCCUCCUGCCAGUGCAGCACACCUAAACGCACCAUCAUGUUACCUGACUGCUCCCCCGGAGCAGGAGGACUGCCCCCCCCUCAGAGGAUACAGAACACUACAGACACCUUGCUGGAUUUAACCGGACGCAACAUGACAGACUUCCUGGUGAAGACGUUUGAAAACUCGGGGAAGGCGAGGUUGGGAGGCCUUUCAGUCGGAGGAGUAAACUCUCAGGUCCGUAUGAGCGAGGCGGCGAUCGAAGCGUCAUUUAGAGAUCUCCGGGAGCUCAUCACUCCUUACCAGGAUAAUGUGACGGAUCAGAUCCUGCAGAAUGCCGAGGUGCUGCUGAAGAAGCUGGGAACCAGGGACAAUGUGAAGGUGUGGUUCUACAACCAGGCCUGGCACGGCAUGGCGUCCUUCCUCAGCGUGGCCAACAACGCCAUCCUGAGGGGCAACCUGCCUGCAGGAACGGACCCCCGCAGCUACGGCAUCUCCGUGUCCAACCACCCCCUCAACCUCACCAAGGCGCAGCUGUCCUACGUGGCCAUGGCCACGGCUUCCACCGACGUGGUGGUGUCCAUCUGCGUUAUCUUCGCCAUGUCCUUCAUCCCGGCCAGCUUCAUCCUCUUCCUCAUCCAGGAGAGGGUGAACAAAGCCAAACAUCUGCAGUUUGUCAGCGGAGUCAACCCCGCCGUGUACUGGCUGGCCAACUUCGCCUGGGACAUGUGUAACUACAUCGUCCCGUGCUUGAUCGUGAUCGUGAUCUUCCUCGGCUUCCAACAAAAAGCCUACGUUUCCCCCGCCAACCUUCCUGCUCUGAUUCUGCUGCUCAUAAUGUAUGGGUGGUCCAUCACCCCCAUGAUGUACCCCGCCUCCUUCAUCUUCAGCGUGCCCAGCACAGCGUACGUGGUGCUGACCUGCAUCAACCUCUUUAUCGGGAUCAACGGCAGCAUCGCCACCUUCGUCAUGGAGCUCUUUGAUGACGAUAAUGUGUCCCGCAUCAACGACAUCGUGAAGCAGGUGCUGCUCAUCUUCCCUCACUUCUGUCUGGGGAGGGGGCUCAUCGACAUGGCCAAGAACCAGGCCAUGGCCACGCUCUUCAGCAACUUCGGGGAGGACCGUUUCCAGGACCCGCUCAGUUGGGACAUGGUGGGGAAGAAUCUGUGCGCCAUGUCCAUCCAGGGAGCCGUCAUGUUCACCGUCACCAUCCUCAUCCAGUACAAGUUCUUCUGCAAGCCCCGGCUGGUUUCAGGGAAGUCUUUAUCAGGGGAGGAGAAGGAGGACGUCGACGUGGCGCGGGAACGAGAGCGUGUGCACGGCGGCGGAGCGCAGAACGACCUGCUGAGGAUCUGUGACCUCACCAAGGUGUAUUCUCGGAGGAGCACCCCCGCUGUGGAUCGGCUCUGUGUGGGUGUACCUGCUGCAGAGUGUUUCGGCUUGCUGGGAAUCAACGGGGCCGGGAAGACCACCACCUUCAAGAUGCUGACAGGAGACAUCCCCGUCUCCGGAGGGGAGGCUUUCCUAAACGGGUACAGCAUCCGGACGGAGAUGAGGGACGUGCAUCAGAACCUGGGAUACUGUCCUCAGUUUGACGCCAUCGACGAGCUGCUGACGGGGCGCGAGCACCUGGAGUUUUACGCCCGGUUACGAGGAGUCCCAGAGAAAGAGGUCGCAAAGGUGGCAGAGUGGGGGGUGCAGAAGCUGGGGCUGGUGAAAUACUCCAACAAGUCUGCAGGGACGUACAGCGGCGGGAACAAACGCAAACUGUCCACCGCCAUCGCGCUCAUCGGCUGCCCUCCUGUCGUCUUCCUGGACGAGCCCACCACAGGCAUGGACCCUAAGGCCCGGCGCUUCCUGUGGGACUGCAUCCUGAGCGUCAUCAAGGAGGGACGCUCCGUCAUCCUGACCUCUCACAGCAUGGAGGAGUGUGAAGCUCUCUGCACCCGCAUGGCCAUCAUGGUCAACGGUGCCUUCAAGUGCCUCGGGAGCAUCCAGCAUCUGAAGAGCAGAUUCGGUGAUGGCUACACGGUGACGGUGCGUGUGGGCGGCUCCCCCCCCGCUCUGAAGCCGGUGGAGGACUUUGUGCAGCAUGGGUUCCCAGGCAGCGUGCUGAAGGAGAAGCAUCACAACACGCUGCUGUACCAGCUGCCCUACACAGAGGGGGCGCUGGCACACAUCUUCAGCCAGUUCACCUGCCACCAGCUGCGCCUGCAGGUUGAGGACUACUCCGUCUCCCAGACAACACUGGACCAGGUGUUUGUGAACUUUGCGAGGCACCAGCAUGUGGAGGACGACGCUCGGACCUUCGACAACGCCGUGGACACUUCAGACGAGCUGCCGCUGCAGGCUGUGAAAACUCAAGAGGAACACCUGAAACAAGUCUGAACACAUUUCAAUUUACUCUGGCAGAGGGAUGACGUUUCUGCACAGAUAUAUUCAAAAAUGACACAUUUAAAUGUUUGUCUUCCAUCGCCAUUUGUACCCAAUCAUCUCUUACUUAACCAAUCUUAAUCUAGCCUUAUCGUGAGUAAUCAAACCCUUCAUCCUUGUUUCAUUCAAGUGAAAGAAUACUCUUUUAGCAGUUUUAAAUAUUUGUUUUAUAUUUGGUCAGUGGAAAGAGAAACUGCAGACAAAGAAAGGAUAAAAUGUAUGUGUUUAUUUCCAAUUUAAAACAAGUAAGGAUAUUGAAAUGAGUCUUAAAUAGGAGAACAUUUCAAAAAGAGUUGGUGAAUGCACUGUUAUCAAGAGAAAAUACCAUUUAGAAAACUAGUAAGCCUUAAGGACAACAUUAUUUCAACGUGUCUGCAUCAGGAAAAAUCUUCUUCCUAAGGUCACUGCACUGAUUAAAGAGUAAUCAAACACUCUUACUGCACUUUUACAGGUUUUCUAAUCAACUUUAAAGACUUAAUUCCGGAAGAAAAUGACUUAAUUUUAAGGAUGCUUGUCUGGGUUUUCCCUUUCCUGUAGUGUGUUGUACUAAUUUGGAGCACUUGCGCUUCUAUAGGCUAGCACUCCAACACAUUGACAUCUCUAAGCGGUUGACCAAUCAGAGCAGACCUGGUGAACAUGUCACAGUAGAAGCACAAAAUACUAACAUGAGCAUGAUAGGGCAUCUUUUAGGAGAUGUUUGGUAUAUAUAAGGUUUAGUUUGCAGUAUAUUGGAGUAAUAAUCCUCUAAAAGCUUCACACACUGCACAGGAUGCCUCGGGAUCAAACUUUAUUUGAAAUGAUAUUUGAAAUUAGUUUACAUUUGCUGCUGGUUCUAAUGAUGCACCACAGUUAGUUGCUACCUCAUAUUUCCCACUCUUAUAUGUCUGCAGAAUAUCUAAUGAAUGUAUCCAACAGAUUCAUAUUUAAUGACAUCUUUAAGGCAUUUUCUUGUGAAAUGUAUUUUAUUUAUCGCUUCUUCUUCUUUGCAGAAUCUAAAUAACAUAUGACCAGAAGAGAACUGUCAUAAUAUUACAUAAUUAAAUAAAUAUAUACAUAUUUAUUCACAACGUGCCUUCAAACACCAGCAUGCCUUAGAUGUGUAAACAACAUCAUAAUAUGCAACUAUAUAGAACAUUUAAUUGUGAUUUUUGAUCUUUAUUUUAAUUUCCUUAUUGUGUUCACCAUUUAGAAAGUGCAGUUUACAGUGAUAGUCUGCAAAAAUACCACUGACAACAAACAUGUCACUUCUGCAUAUCUCAGGAAUGUGUUUAUGUGCAAUUUGCCUCAGGAAAAUCUACAUGUAGUUAUUUAUAAUAAAUCAUACUUGUGUGUACUGUACAAUAUUUACAGAUUGUCUCAAAGAUUAAAAAU